AUGGCAAUCCCUCUUCUCAUUACCCUUCUCUUCAUUUCCUUUGCCUCCUCACCUUUAGCAAAGGCAGCACAAUAUAGUGUGCUAAGUUAUGGAGCAAAACCUGAUGGAAAAACUGACUCCACCAAGGCCUUCGCUGCUGCUUGGUCACAAGCAUGUGCCUCUACACAGCCAGCCACAAUUUCUGUUCCUAAAGGGAGUUUCUCUUUAGGUCAAUUGAGGUUUCAGGGUCCUUGCAGGAAUAAUGCUAUUUUGCUACGUAUAGAUGGCACCCUAGUCGCUCCAUCAAAAUAUGGGGUCAUCGGUAAUGCUAACAAUUGGCUAAUGUUUGAGCAAGUUAAUGGGGUUACUAUAUCUGGAGGGACUCUUGAUGGACAAGGUGCCGGACUGUGGUCAUGCAAGAAUUCUGGCAAGGAUUGCCCUAACGGCGCAACGAACUAUUGCCCUGGCGGGAAGAAUUGCCCUGGCCAGGUUUCUGGUGUGAAAAUUAGCGAUGUGACCUACCAAGACAUUCAUGGAUCAUCGGCAACAGAAGUUGCAGUGAAAUUUGAUUGUAGCAAAAAGUAUCCGUGCACAGGUAUCAAAUUGGAAGAUGUAAAGCUGAGUUACAAGAAUCAGCAAGCUGAAGCUUCAUGCAGCAAUGUUGGUGGAGCUGCUUCAGGCCUUGUUCAGCCCAAUAGCUGUUUAAAAACAUAA